UUUAGUUAUUGUAAAAAAUUUUCAUUGUUACUAAUGGAAAAUACGUAAAACAUACACGAAACAAGAAUAGGUAUUUGAAAUGUCUGGUUUUGACGACCCUUUCGGUGAAAAUCCUUUUGCCGAUCCUGCUAUACAACAGGCAACAAGAGUAACAACUAAUAUUCAAAAUUCAUUGGAAGAAUAUAACCCAUUUGACUCGGAUGACGGUAAACAUAAGUUGCAGAUAAACUCUGGUAAUAAUGCAGCAGUCGUCCAGCCUUUAUCGCAAAACGCCCCUCCUACUGCUGCAAGUACGAGUAUUCAAAUAACUACUGAGGAAUUGCAGCGCCGUCAAGAAGAAUUAGAUCGCAAAGCGGCUGAAUUAGAUAGAAGAGAACAGCAGCUCCAAGGGAAUGUUCCUCAACUGAAUAAUUGGCCGCCAUUACCGGAUAAUUUUUGUGUGAAGCCAUGUUUUUAUCAGGAUUUCAACUUGGAGAUUCCGCCAGAGUUUCAGAAACUAGUAAAACACUUGUACUACACAUGGAUGUUUUACACCAUGACUAUGGUACUCAACAUAAUUGGUGGAUUAAUAAUUCUAUUUUACUCUGGGAAAAUUACCACCUUUGGUUUAGCUUUAUUUUACGCAAUGCUUUCUACUCCUGCAUCUUACAUUUGUUGGUUUCGACCGGCUUAUAAAGCUUUCCGAAAUGAUUCCAGCUUUAAUUUCAUGGUAUUUUUUUUUGUAUACUUUUUUCAAACUGUGCUUACAGUUUUUCAAGCCGUCGGUCUUCCCGACACGGGGUAUUGCGGAUUUUAUAUUGCUAUUUCGCAAUUUGAUGGGACAGCAUCGAGUAUCAUUGUUGGACUGCUUUUGCUUUGCAUAGCUUUUUGUUUUGCAACAACCGCAGCUGCAAAUAUAAUGAUGAUUACGAAGAUUCAUUCAAUUUACCGUAGCACUGGGGCCAGUAUGGCUAAAGCGCAGCAAGAAUUCGCAACAGAAUUUAUGAGAAAUCAGCACAUACAACAAGCUGCUUCUUCGGCAGUGAAUACCGCAAUAAAUUCACAGAUUAACAACAGUAGAUACUAAAUUACCAUGUUCAUAUAGCUCUACGCAUAAUAAGGCAAGGGUUUUCAUUGCUCUUUACAUGUUUAAAAUUCCUUGAAAUGUAAGCUACAUUAUCAGUAUAUGUUAUAUAAAUAAACGCUUGUAAAAUACCCAGCGAAA